UAGUUACCGACCUCACCGCCCGGCCCACUCGGGCCUGUUUAGUUCCAACUCUUUGCGUCCCGCACCUCGUACAUUCUCCUUCUCCGUCUCACGCGAGAAUCCCCCCCCCUCAAAGUUGUAUCGGCAUUCCGGAAACACAGCGCAUGCUCCGACUGGGUGUGAGAUCACGCCUCCGCGUUAGCUCCCACCACAGAAUGUCGUCUACUUCCGCGUCCAUUCAUCUCUUCGACCCGAAAUCGCCUUCCUCCACGUCUGCCGCGGAUCUAUGGCCCGCCUCGAAAGCGAAAGCUCCCAAAGUCGGGGCCACGCGCGUGUUCUUCAACAACACCGGGGUGACUGCGCUGUCUUCCCUCGGACCGGACUACACAAAGAAGGGCACGGUGGCGAAACGAGAGGCCGUGCGCAGGUCGGUCGGCGGGGCUGUCAAUGAGGUCAAACGCGUCGCGGACGAAGUGACGGAGCUUGUCGUGGACGCGGAGGCGGAUCCGCAUGCCGCUGCCGUCGCUGCGCAUCUGGCGUUGUAUAGUUUCUCCCUCAAAACGGAGCCACCGUCGCGCUUCAACCCGAACCUCGUCGAGCCCGUCGCAGAAAAGAUCGCGGUCAAACCCGCGCAGGGGUCUCCGGACUGGGAGCGCGGUGUCGUGUAUGCCGAGGCGCAAAACUUCGCGCGUACACUCAUGGAACUGCCUGGCAAUAUGAUGACACCGACGAUUUUUGCCGAGCGCAUGGUGAAGGAGUUUUCCGGACUCGAAAACGUCGAAGUCAUCGUCCGCGACGAAGCUUGGGCUGAGGCCAAGGGCAUGAGGACCUUCCUCUCUGUCAGCCGAGGCAGCGCCGAACCCGCGAAAUUGGUCGAGAUACAUUACAAAGGUGCUGCUUCUCCCGAUGCACAACCCGUCGUGCUCGUUGGCAAGGGUAUCACGUUCGACACUGGUGGAAUCAGUAUCAAGCCCUCUGCGGCCAUGAAACUGAUGCGUGGAGACAUGGGUGGUGCUGCGGCUGUUGUUGCCGCCCUCAAGGCUAUCGCACAACUCAAGCUUCCCAUCAAUGUGGUGGUGCUUACACCUCUUUCGGAGAACAUGCCGAGUGGUACUGCGACAAAACCCGGCGACAUCAUCUAUGCCAUGAACGGCAAGAGUGUCGAAGUGGACAACACAGAUGCCGAGGGAAGACUGGUGUUGGCUGAUGCCAUGUACUACGGGUCCACCGAAUUCAAUGCACACACCCUGAUCGACGUCGCGACACUCACUGGCGCGAUGGACAUUGCGUUGGGAGAAGUGUUCAGCGGAGUCUUCUCGUCGUCUGAUGCGUUGUGGGAAAAGCUCCACGCUGCGGGAGAAUCCGAAUACGACCGCUUCUGGAGGAUGCCGAUCGACGAAGACUACGGACCCCAGAUCUACUCUUCGAACGCGGAUCUCCAGAACACCGGUGGUCGGCCAGCCGGCAGCUGUACUGCUGCGCUCUUCCUCAAGGCUUUCGUAAAUGGGCUUGAGCCAGAGGAUGGGAAAGCACCGAUCGAGUGGGCUCACAUCGACAUUGCGGGAACCAUGGAAGCGACACGUCCCACGGCGUAUUUAGGUCGUGGUAUGACAGGCAGUUCUGUGCGGGGGCUGGUCGAAUAUGCUCGAAGCCUAGCUCAGUGAUCUGUAGUUGUAGUCUGGAAGCACAAGAGACGACCCCAAUCGUUAGAGACACCUUGAGCUCAUUCCAGCGCUCUGCAGGCGUCACGUUCCCGAAAGAAGGUCUGAGUUGGUCGUGCAUGGCUAACGAUCAAUCAAGACGGUGCGAAUAAGCGUCGAAAGGAACCAAAACUUUACAUAGAGGACUGGCAAUUAUUUUCAGACUCGAUAGGACAAGUGAUUUCUUGCUGCUAUCCACUGAUCUACGGCAGGACAACUUUUGUAGAUGCGUACCACCUCGCGGACUCGGAUAGAUUGAUCGAAAAGCCGUGGGAUGAAGAUCCGCGUGCAUAAAAAGAUUCAAUGCCGCUGUGCAAUGCUACACUCUACCGUAAACGAGGGCUGGGACUAUGGUACAGCAGAUACCAUCCCGACGUUCAAGUCCAUGCCAGUCUCCUCUGGCGCGAGGGGCAUCGCGAUAAUGACCGCUACACGCAAUCCGCGUCCUAACGCGUCCGGUGCUGAUGCCGAUGUGAUGUGCAUGUCCUGCAGAAGCUUUGAGGCGUACAGAGAUGCGUCGCUCGAGGAACUGCUGAUGGGGUGCCGUUUUGGUGGUGACGUCCAGGCCGCGAGAGACAUGGACGACGAUAGUGCUUUGAAGCUGGGAGACCCGGGUGACCGGAUGACGGUACUCGGUGUCACCUGCACAGCGAGAGGCUGGCAAUCGACCGUCAGCCGGGAGGAUGGAGAGGAUAACGAUUAUCAUCAUCAUAUACCUGGAUGCUAUGCCAUGUUUGGCCUGUUGCGCUCCCGUCUUCCAGUUCAGCUGCCAGCUGCAAGUCGUGCAGGACGGGCUUCUCCUUCUCCGCUUUCUCCGAUGGUGUGAGCUGUCGCGGAGGCUCCGGGCAGUACCGCCGAUAGAGAGCUAUGAAACCGACUACGAGGAAGAAGAAGAACACGAUUCCGACCAGACUACCGGUCCAAAGUUAAUAAAGCGACCGGAUCGUGCACAGAGCGAGAGAGAGAUAGGCGCACAGGAGAGCUUUACUCGAGCUGGAUUCCGGCGAUCCAGAGGAAGUGGGUGAAUCAGACACGGCCGUGGAUGAGGGGUUGGAGACAUUGCUGGACAUCGAAGGACGGACGGGCCACUGAGACUGUGAAGAUUCCCUGUAGGAUCAGAAAGAUGGGCAUGUAGAUGCGGUACGACGAGACAGUUUCAACUUUUGUUCGUUGAUUGCCAGAUGGAGGGAGCGGUCUGCGGCAGACAAAGAGGAGUGUGGUGCAGAGGACGUCGUACCAGCUGUGCUCGAGCCACAGAAUGCAAUUGGCAUAUAAACGGUCCAUUAGCCGAGGAGGGACCCGUUUGGCAGCGAGCAGCUCACACUCGCGUGACAUUCUUUAUGAAACUGGCCCACGGGACCCGGACUUUGGAAGUCUUGAUGACAUCUAUCCCAGAGGAGCGGAAGCCGAUCGGGAGGAGAUCAUCCCUCGAGCUUCUUUGAGGCCCGUAUCAACGCAUGUCGAAUCCAGAUUUGUGUGAGCGUGGAUAUUUCCAACAAAAAAUCGAUGGAUUCUGGCGUCGAGCCCUCUGUAGAUCGCCAUCUUGAGAGACGAGGAUAUUCCCCAGGCAUGUUCGGAGCGGAAGGUAUGCACGUGACGUCGGAAAGAAGUCCACGUGACUAACGAAGCAAUCCGGCCUCUCAGCAUUUCAGCGGACGUGCUCAUAGCAAGAUAUGGUAUUAUGUAUUUUUAGUAUUACAGGAGAGAUCCGAGUAAGUGACAGGACUCUCGUCGCCCAGCGACUAUGUACAUGAAAAUUUCAGUCGGUAGCAGUGAUUCACGAAAGUCCUAUUACAGCUGCACACUUCAGGUGGAAGGAACCCUAUCGCUGUCCCGCAUCAUCAGCGGAUGCCAACGCCAAGGCCAAUACACCCGUCGCCGCACUAGGCCCGGGCGUCGGAGGGCGAAACGGCCUUUCCGAGUGGCUGCGGUGCGACCACAGACUGUCUGCGGAUUUACGCACGGGCAUCAAACGGGGACCGCGUGGCUGAAGACAGGGGGCAGAUGCGAAUCGAUAGAGCGAGGGGAUUCCCGCCAAAGUGUGGACGGACUCUUCCGAAGUGCGAGACGAGGUUGGGAUGUCGGGUGGCCCCACCUCCAGCCGAAGGCUGUUGGUGUCCACUUCUUUUAUGAUGCUUGAGACGAUGUCGAGGUACUCCUGCGGCAGAGACCGGCCAAGGGGAUCUAAGCAGACGCUCUCACAUCUCGGUGGGGGCCACACCUCGUCUUCGUCGGAUGGGGACUGGCGAUUGACGACAAACGCAAAACGCGGGACGUGAUAGCCAGUGCGACGAGAAGCAGAUCGGGCAGGCGUCGCGGGGCCCUGCAGCGACGUGCCCGGCUGCCCAAGAUCGCACUCCGCGAGUUCAUUGAUCUUGUCAUCGCAUUCCUGCUCCUGGCCCGCCUCUUUGAGCUUCUGCAGAGCCACAUCGAUCUGUUGCUUUCGCUGCAGUCGAAACUUCGUCACUGCGAUCUGGCUCUGCUGCAUGCGGCGGCGGCGUAUUUGGAAAAAGAGAGCCGACAGUCCCAGAAAGGUGACCACUAUCGCGCUGGCGGUGGCUACGAUAAUGACGGUCGCGCGGUGGUUUGGAUCAGCUGCAGUCUGCAUCUGCGUCAGUUUCAGACUGCGGCCAACGGCUGGGACUCACUAUGGGAGCCAUAGUGCCCGGGCGGAUAUGUCGGGUGCGUGCGUGUGCUCGACAUCGGGUCCCUGUGGCCAUCUAAAUACUGUUCGGUAGCGGCCGGUGUCGUAUAUGAUUAAUGGACAUGUCUCCACGGAACCUUUUAUUGCUAGAGAGGUCAGUCUCUUUCGCAUGCAAAGUCGUGACAGGGAUGACACUCUUCGCGCCCAGCGACAGGUGGUUCAGUCGGCAUUCUCCGUGGCUGGCUAUGUGUGUCUUGGGGCGUGGAGUUCAGGGUGCGUGAAAGCGCUGCAAUUUGAUUGAGCACAGAUUGACAAGUAAACAGGGUACCAGACAAUGGCAACGCUGUGACGGGCUGAGUCUAACUGGACGAAAGCGCUCUGGCCCGCUUCCAGUUGUAUUUGUGGCCGUCACCGAUGUCAUCCCGGCCGAGUGUUGACCCCAGUCUGGACCGCACAGAUGACCCGAAUUGAACGUGAGUUCAGAUUGUAGAAUUAUGAUUAACCACGAGAAGGAUUGCGCUAUGUAUUGGAAUGCGAUGGCUGACAUGUCCGCCCGAGGGUGGGAAGCAUGAGGUCGAGAGCCUGUCUACACACUGGCCGAGACGCAUCCACGGCCAGUCACUGAUGCACAGACUUGAUGCAGAAUGAUUCAAGGCUGCAGCAAAGGUAGGACUAUGACAAGCCGGGGUUAAUGACCACGAUCUAUUGAUGCGUGCCCAAGCAUGAUGUUCGCGCCGUCGCGUCUAUGAGUGUUGCCGCAGUGAUGUGGGUGGUAAGAGCAAGGAAGCGGGUAAGACGGAACCCGAAGCCGUACCAAAUUUAAGUAUGACUACUUGGCGUUUCUCCGUGACCGUGAUUCACCCACGCUACAUUCCAUUCACCUCUCCCCACCAUCUCAAACCACAUUUGCUCGUGGUUCGUGAAGUGGGCUGUGUGUGUCGGCCUAUCCAUGAAGCACGGGAAUUGUACGAGGGAUAAGCGUCUGAAAUGAUGGCGUGCCGAGGUGUGAUCGCGCGCCCAAGCCUUUCUUUCGUUCCUCGUCCUCCUUUCCCUCCUCGUCCUCCUCCCAAUGGCAUGGCUGCCUGCAUCUUUCAAGCGUGCCGCAUACUCUCCUCUCUCGAGUGUUGACCACCACCCCCUAUUGCCAACCACGGGCGGCGAGGAUGAUGAGAUCGAGCUCGAGAUGGCAAGGUUCGAGUCGAAUGAACGGGGAUCUUGGCGGAAACGCUGGCCAAGGUGGUACUACGUGGUCGCUUCCCUAGGGUGUUUAGGUGUGCUCUACUUCUUGUUCAGGCCUCGAUUACGAGGACCUCCACCCACUGGAGAGGGGGAUGACUGGCAAAGCCCGGCGCAUGCCAAAACUCCGCUCCUAGACUUUUCCAAGUCUGCGAAUGUGCAGAUCGACAAACUUUUCGCCCGACAGUCCAAGACCUACGCGCAGGCCGAAGCAAGGUAUUCGCUACGCACGAGUCGCGCCCCACCCCCCAACUUCGACAAAUGGUUCGACUACGCGCGAAAGCAUUCGUGCCUGAUCGACGAGUAUGAGCAAAUCACCCGCGAUUUCGAGGCGUUCUAUCAGCUCGCGGAGGAGGACCCGGCGUUCUUCAAAAAGAUGGUCGAGUUGGGGUCAGCCAAGGUGCAGAAGGACGGAGCAGGAAUGACUACGGGGAAGUUUGAGAAGGGGAAGUUCUCAUACACGGACAGCCAAUGGACGUUGUAUCCUGGGGAUUGGCAACGUACUUUCGAUCGCUUCGGCUACUUUAUGCCCGACAUGAACAUCAUCCUUAACGGCCGGGACGAGCCUCGCGUGCUCUUCAACUACCGCCAGCCGGAUACGAAGCUAACGGCUCUGCGAGUUUCCGAUUCAACCCCGUUCGAGAACUCGCCACGCCCCUCCGGGGAGUAUUUCAAAAAGGCGAACUGCCUUGUUCCCAACCAGCCAAAGGGAUUUACCGGUCUAGCCAACGAUGCCAGUGCUUUCAUGAUCUAUGCCGCUAGCGAGCAAUUCACCACGGACCUGUAUCCCAUGUUGAGCAUGACGAAGAUUUCGCCAUGCUUCUCUGACAUCAUGGUUCCCAGCGAGUUCUACUACUCUGACUCGGGUUGGUCGCCCCACUACAAGUACGAAAACAACAUCACCUGGUCCGAUAAGAUUCCCAAAAUCUACUGGCGGGGAAUGACCUCGGGUGGCAAGAUCUCGGGUGACAACUACCGUGCUUUCCCGCGCUUCAAGCUCAUAGAAAUCGCCAAGACGCACGGCAGUCUGAUGGACGUCAAACUCUCGGGCUUUCACGACGAGCUUUGCGACAAGUGCGAUGCCGAGGCCAUCAAGACCGAGUACGGGAUUGCCCACGUUUCUUCGCCACGGGAGGAGGUCUACAAGUACAAAUAUGUGUUUGACGUGGACGGAAACUCGUUUAGCGGGCGGUAUCUUGGCUUGUUGACGAGCGGGACACUGGUCUUCAAGUCCACUGUGUUUGGUGAAUACUUUAACGACUGGAUCAGGCCGUUUGAGCAUUACAUCCCGGUGCUCCCCGACCUGUCGGAUCUCGUGGACAAGCUCAGAUGGGCUGCGGAGCACGAUGCCGAAGCCUAUCGGAUCCAGCAGAAUGGUGCUGCUUUCGUGAAGCGAGUGAUGACCGAUGGGCAGAACGACUGCUACUUCUCCCUUGUCCUACUUGAAUGGGCUCGCCUGCAGGCGAUGGCGCGCAACAUUUCGAAUUUUGUGGCGGAGUGCCAUCCUGUUUAUGCCUUUUCGCCUACGACUGCUGGGAGUGCACCGGAUUCAAACGAUCAUUUGGGAGGAGGCGGAGGAGACCUUUAUAUGUCUGGGCAUGGUCGAGGUGGAGCUGAUCAAUCGCGUGGCGGGAGCUCGUCCGGUCGGCGUCAAUCUCAGCAAAGACGACAACCUUCCCGCCACCCCUCCUUAAACGCGCCUGAGGGUUCUCAGAACGCGGGUCAGAGCUAUCACGCGUCCCACUAUUCCCCACAACCGGUGCAAUACACGCCUCCGCAUGGAGGUUAUGGGGGACAGUACGGAUACGCCUACUUUCACAGUCACGAACAGCCGCAUUCCAUACACGCCGGUUAUCAGACCAUUCCCUCAUACCCCCAGUAUCAAUCCUCACCCGAUGGGCAGAACUAUGCUCCGCAAUCGCCCGCCUCUGGAGGCUCCCAGUUCCACUAUCCAUCCUUGUCUCCCGGAUACAACCCAUACCCGCAGUCGUAUCCCUCGUCGUAUCAGCAGCAUGUCUUUCCACCAGGAGCGUACCCGGCGUAUGGACCACACUCAGCAGGCCAGGAAAACGACGGUGGCACUUGGUGGUAUGUGCCUCCACCGCACAGCCAGCAGUCACAUUCUCAGUCACCGCAAUCUUACGAGGCUGGCCCAUCAAAUCAGUAUUCUUACUUCCCAUCGUCUAUCCCAUCGCAACAGCCGCAGGAGGCGCCGCCCGCGGAUUCCUCUCCGCGACCAUCGAGCCGCUCAUCAGCAUCUGAAUCUGGCCCAACGUCCCCAACCCCGGGCGGUCGUGAAAAGCCAGUCGUCCGGCGCCCGUAUCACCCGAAUCCCCCUGCACAUCGCUCAGAAUGGGUGAUGUGGGCAGGCAACGUGCCAAGCGAUGCGGGCCAUGACGAAUUGUGGCGGUUCUUCACUCAGCCGGAGGAGGAUCCCAGCGCCAGCGACGCGGCCCCCGAACUCAGCACGUCUACCAACGUCAAUGGUGUUUUAUCGAUCUUUCUUAUAUCUCGGUCAAGCUGUGCGUUUGUCAAUUACGAGACGGAAACGCAUCUAAACGCCGCCAUCACCCGGUUCAAUGGAGUCCCCCUGCGUGCUGGUGACGCGCGAUGUCCACGUCUGGUGUGCCGCGCUCGACGGAAGGAUGAUGAUCUACGUGCUGGAGUGGGUGGACAGCGGGGAAUAGGGAUGCACGCUCGAUGGGUCAAGGAAAAGGCUGCGGAAAGGAGGAACUCGGAGGUGUCUCUGGAUAGCUCUGAUGUGGCUCAUUCACUUGAUCCGCAAUUCAGUUCGCUGUCGCUUUCGGGUGACGAGAGAUCUGUGGUGCAGCCUCCCGGCACAGGUUCCCCUAGCUCUGGAUCGCAUGCUUCGACAGAUUCCAGCUUGUUGCGGCAGCACUUUCCGCAGCGAUACUUCAUUCUCAAGAGCCUGACUCGGGAGGAUCUGGAUCUGAGUGUCAAGACGGGUGUCUGGUCAACCCAGAAGCAUAACGAAGGAGUGCUGGAUCGGGCCUUCCGAAACUCUCAGGACGUGUUCCUCAUCUUCAGCGUUAACAAAAGUGGCGAGUUUUAUGGUUACGCGAGGAUGACGGGACCAAUGGGUUCGAUUCGUUCAGGAAAACGGCCUGUGGGAACAUCAUCACAGCCUCUCCUUUCGACUGAAUCCACCCUUCUCAGCGCUGGCCAUUUCGUUGAUGCCUCACCUCUGGAAGUACGCAGCAUUGAUUCGCCGCUGAACGUCCAGUCCGCGCCAGCCAUCUUGGGACAGCCGCAUCGGGCGAUCAGCGGUUCUGGCCCGGCACUCAAAUUCAGCUCAGUCAAUGAACCUGUUAAAUUGAAUCCAUUGGCUCCAAUACGAGCCAUUCGGAAUGCCGUGGCUUCAUCCUCGAUCGAGCAGGGAUUGUCUGGGGGCUCAUCGCUGGGAUCUGUGCCAGAGGAGAAGAAGGCGGGGCCAGUGGUCACGGAGCCGGGGGCGGCUACGAGGGAAGACAGUUUGGGCCAGGAAUUUACUUUGGAGUGGCUCUGCACCGAACGACUGCCGUUCACCAAAACGCGACAUCUUCGCAACCCAUGGAAUCACGAUCGGGAAGUGAAAGUGUCUCGAGAUGGAACGGAGCUGGAACCUGUGGUUGGGCAGGCUUUACUGGACGAGUGGCAGGCGGUGCGACCUGGACCAUGAUUUAUGAUGAAUCACUUUACGAAGCAACGGGCAUUGCAACACACGAGCAAUAUCUUGUCAUUCACGAAACAAGGCCCUGUAACUUUACCACUCAUUUACUGUUAUAUCAUUAGUCGACGCACUCGCCCGAGUUUUGGAUGCUGAGUGGAACCGAAAUCUGCGCGGCGACUUGCGAUCUUUGAUGUCGUCACGGCCGCCUGUGGUAUGGUGACAUCCUCUCCUUUUCGCCAUCCACCUCACUUCUCGACGGGCGCAUCUCACCCGUGUGCCUAUGCGUAGCACGAGCAUGUCCGCUGGAUCCGGAUCCGCCUCCGACUACGAAGAAUACUCGGACGCACUCCAUUGGGCCUUCAAAGGCAAUCACAUUCUCUUCUCCUUCAUCCACCUCGGCUCGUUCCGGGGAUUUCUCCUCGCGACCCUCCUCACUGUUAUUACAUGUGCUGUUGAAAGAUUUCUAUCUUUCGCAUUUGAGCGCCACUGGGGACCUUCUUGGGUGCAGCGUUCGCGCGCUAUGAACGCACUAUGGCGCGCGGGAAUGUAUUGGGUGCUAGCUGGCCUUCGACUGUGAGUAGAAUACACACGCGAUGCAGGAUAAGGCCCCAACAUGCUGAGCAGUGGGUACAUGCUGAUCGCUAUGAGCCUACACGCCGGGUACGACUUCCAUUCUUCUCGGGAUCCGAUACACUGACUACGUGACAACAGCUUAAUACUUGUUGCAGUGAGCGGUUCAGGCUUCUGAUCUCGGUGAAGGAUGCUGAGGUUCUCCGCGCAGCUCACGACACUGGCAAUCGGCCAGUUCCUGAUUGAGAUGCAGACCCCACCACAAGCGGUCAGCCACGCUCGCGACUACGAGUUCGGAAGGCUACACAACCGUUCCCCGGUCGAGGAAAUGACCCCGCUGUAUCCGAACUUCGAGCUAGACAGCUCGAUUCCAGAGUCAAAGCAACGCUCGAAAACAAGAAUGUUGCAAGCGGAUAUGUCGGCAGUCGAUCUAGGAGGCGAAACAGCCCGAGUGCGAGCCACUGUCUAUGCACCCGACUCGGCUGUCGAAUGGGAGACCGGUAAAGGUCGUGACGUUGCUCGAGCACUUUUGCCAGGAAGCAGAGAGGAAUCGAAUCAAAUUAGCGGACAGUAAUUAUGACCAGCUCAUCUAAUAUGAAUUACGGUCAGCUGUAUAACAGAGAAAAAAAAGGAUUCAGCACGCACUACUUUCUCUUGGGAUGGUACUGUUUUGGCUCUUGCCCCGGGCGCACAAACUCUCCACCUAUCACACCCUCUCUCAAGUUCUCAACUCCGUCCAUCCAAUCGACAGACUGUCCAGAGCCACCAAUACCGUCGAAUCUGCGAUUGAACCGCCCAAGCCGACCUGUCGUCUCGUUUUCCUCCUCAAGACCCCGUCCGUCCGCCCACAUUCCGGUAUUCCACAGCGGGUUGCUGGUGGUGUCACGCGUAAGCACGAUGGAAGAACGCGGGGAUGUCGUCCAGUGUGUGAAUGAGGAACCGUCGGCGCGGACAACACGUUGGGGGAAUUUCGGCACGACAGGAUUGGGAAGGACGGGUUUUCGGCGUUUCCACACGUGCGUGCGGCCAUAGGGAGAACUGGAGAUGUUGCGCACGUGUGGGAGUUGGUGGCCCACUGCGCGUGGGCAGGGCAGAAGCAGGGACAUGAUAGAGGUUGAGAGGUUGUCGGAGAAUGCCUGAGAGCCUUCGAUCAAUUUUUCACAAGUAGAUUACGUUGGAUCACGUGCAUCCAACUCAUCUCCUCCCGCUCAGCAACCCGCGGCACCUGCCCAAACUCAGUGAUCUUUCCCCGCUCUGCGUAGCGGGUGACGGCACACUCACUCUCGAUGUCUCAGCAGCAACCAGGGACACUUGUCCCCGGCCAGACUAUCUCAGUGAACAAGUACACUGUCCAAGUCGAUCGGUACUUGUCCCAAGGCGGUUUUGCGCAUGUCUAUCUUGUCCGGACUGCGGCACCGGUAUACGGCACGACACAUCAUGUCCUCAAGCGCAUCGCUGUUGCUAAUGACACUAUGCUGAACGAAGUGAGGAAGGAGGUGGACAUCAUGCGCCUGCUGAAAGGCCAUCCAAACAUCGUCCACCUCAUCGAUGCUGCCUGGCACCGCAUGCCCGAUGGGAUGUACGAGGUCUUCAUCUUGAUGGAGUUUUGCCCCGGCGGAGGAAUCAUCGACAUGAUGAACCGCAGGUUACGAGAGCGCCUGACGGAGUCGGAAAUCCUGCAAAUCUUCGUGGAUGUUUGCGAGGGCGUCGCCUUCAUGCACAACUCCCGUCCCCCAUUACUCCACCGGGACCUCAAGGUUGAGAACAUUCUGCAGUCCAGUGCAACGUCUUUCAAGUUGUGCGAUUUUGGAAGUGCGACCACCGUUGCACCACGACCACCUGCUUCGACACAGGAGAUCCGGGCGCUGGAGGCUGAUUUGAAUCGGCAUACUACAAUGCAGUAUCGCGCACCGGAGAUGGUCGAUCCUUAUCUGCGGAGACCGGUGGAUGAGAAGAGUGACGUAUGGGCAUUGGGUGUGUUGCUGUACAAGCUCUGCUACUACACGACGCCGUUCGAGGAACAUGGACCUUUGGCGAUUCUCAACGUGCAAUAUCGAAUACCGCCGUAUCCCGUGUACUCGACGCAGAUGAACUCGCUGAUUGGCUCCAUGCUUCGAGAACAUGGAAACCAACGCCCAUCUGUAUUUGAGCUCUUGAACACUGUCCAUCGACUGCGUGGAACGAAGUCGCCAUUCACCUACACGAUACCUCCCCCGCAACCUCUCACACCGCGAGCGCAAACACAGUUCGCUCCCAUGGGGAAUGCCGUCGAUGCCACCGUCACCUUCCGAUCACAGCAGCAGCAGCAGCAGCAACAACAACAACAGCAACAGCACUUGCAGAGCUUACCGCAGCCUGUGGCGUCGAUGUCUAGAGGCUCGGGCGUUCAGGCUCGGGAGAAAGUGCUGGAAGCGAUCGCACCGAUGCGUAGGGGCCGCCCGAUAGAAAGCGGAAGGCAAUCUACACCAUCCAAGUCUCGAAAUACGAGCCCUCAGAAAACACCUGGUGGAAACUGGCUGGAGGAAGAGGACAAGGCUUGGAAAGCUGUUACAUCGGCACCGUCGACCAGUGCACCGAAACGCAGUGCGAUGGAUGAUGCAUGGACUUCCCGCAGCACUGCUGCAGUCGCGGCACCGAUGACGUCCCCAAGCGGCAAGGGUUUCGGAGACGACUUCGGCGAGAAACUUUGGGAUUCAUUCGAGAAUGGCAAGGCCCCUGCCGUGCCUGCCCAGGCUCCGACUUCUCCGCCUUUGAAAGCCCCGGCAUUCACCGGAUCAUUGCUCUCUCGUCCGUCGAAAGACAAGGAUGCGUUCUCCGGGUUGGGGCUGGGCAAUUCCAACGAUAAGCCUGCUCCAACACUAGGAGAAGCUCGGCUGCUCAGAACGGGACUCGCCAGUGCCAUGGGCAUGGGCACGAGUAUGGACUACAAAGACUACAAGCCUGGCCGACCUUCACCCUCUCCGCAUCUCAUACCGAAUCCUCCUGCUCUGAAACCAUCCAGCUCCGGCUCCUCAUGGCUGUCUCAGGCACCCUCCUCCAUGUCUAGGCCUGGAUCGGGACUGGGAGAUGGUGCCGAGUCGAGGUUCCCCACCCUCGAGGAGCUGGACAAAACCUUCAGCGGCCAACCCAAGUCACACUCGCAGCCACAGCCACAGCUGAGCCCGACCGCACCGAGUCUCCCUCCCCGUAAAGGUAGCGCUGACAUGCUCCGCUCGUCUCCUGUUCCCCUUGCGUCCUCAUCUGUAUCAUCACCCGUUCCGAACGAGCGGCCGCCCCUCAACAGGAAACACCGCAGUUCCCUGACCAUGCGACACGACUUUGAGGAGGUGCCGCCGCUUCCUCAGAGACCCAGUGCCUCGUCCUCCUCCGCCUUGUCUACCUCGCCCUCGAAGUUCCCGCCGCCACCGAAGGAUUGGUUGACGGGCGACGACGAUGGGGGACCCUCGCUGGGUCUGGGCUCCCACCACACACGGACAGCGACUGCGCCACCGAUGCGCUACAUGACCAGCUCCCCUGCAGCCUCCACCACCAAGUCUCCAGCACCGACACCGGUAAUGAAACAGUCGCCCAGCAAGCGGGCGUCGGUGGUCCUUGAGACGCUCCUCGUGAAACCCGUGGCAGAGCAAUCUGCGGCGAUCCAGCACCACCACCAACACCAUGCCGAGCCCGAGACGCCGAGUUCGCCGAGUGCGAGGGCGGCGAGGAUGUUUCCGUCGAUUGAUCUAUCGGAGGAGAAAUCGUCGAGUCAGAAGUGGACGGGGGUGGGAUUUGUGGAGAGGAGAGAGCGGGAGAGGGAACAGGAAAAGGAACGAGAACGAGAACGGGAACGGGAACGAGAGAGGGACAAGGAACGAGAAAGAGAGCGAGACAGAGACAGGGACAGAGACAGAGAACGGGAGCGGGAGAGAGAGAAGGAACGGGAACGGGAACGGGAACGAGAGCGAAACAAAGAACGGGAACGAGUUGGACGUCGGCACCAGAAGGACCUCGACUCCGCCUCCAGUGCUGACGAAGAAGGACCGGAAGAUCUGGGCGGAUUCAAGUCAAAACCAAGGCACAAGGGACGACAGGGCUCUGUCCACGAUCUGGUCGACCUGUACGGCGGCCCUGGCAAAGACCGAGUCACUCCCAGUCUUCUGGACGACAUCGCGCCUCGAAAGGAUCCGACCAAGGCCCAACGGAGGUCAUCACAGAUGCCCUCGGUCUCAGCCACAAGCUCAGCGGCAGCGCUGUCUCCGCCUGCGUCCGCAGCUGUUUCGCCGCAGACGCCGCGGUCAAGACCACAAUCCAUGUUCAUCUUCCCUUCAAAGUCGACUGAUUCGUCCUCGUCUGCCGUGAGUACAAACACCUUGGUGCCACCGGAAGAUCCGCGGGCCCGGACCGCCCAGAAUCGGCGGACCUCCAUUUCGGACAUGGUGCAAUUGUAUGAGGGUCUCAAGAUGCCGAACGGGCCCCGUCUUCCGAAUUCGAAUCCGAAUCCGAAUCUCCGACCCGGUGCUAGCCACCCCGUCCAGCGGCGCGUUUCGCCGAGCAGCCAGUCGAGUGAGCUGCCCUCCAGCCCGGCGCGGGCGGCAUUCACCCCCGACACGCCAGCCGAGACCCCGCGCGCCACUCGGUCCACGUUCCUCGAGACCCCCUCGCGCAAGACCACAGCCGAUGAGCGCUCGGCAUCGCCCGAGCGGCCGUACCAGGGUGUGGGGAAGCUGAUCGACCAAUGGCAGAAGAAAACGGCCGAGGCGGAGCGCUCGUCGUCUCCCGGCCCCGGAAAGAGACCGCCUGGGUUCGGGGGGAAGAGAGUUGGCGUCGUGGGAAAGUGAUUUACAUGUCGCAUAUUGUAGACAUACCAUACUGAUUGCACUACAUACUGGAAUUAACCAUGCAUUGGCCUGGAAUUAGUACCGAAGCUAUCUGGGGUUUGUGUCAUACAGGGUGAUAUGGUUGUGUCAACAAGAGGAAG